AUGGCAGAAGAAAAUCAGAGAAUGGCCGCCCAAAUCACCGAGUUGAACAAUGGCCGAAUUGAAAAUAACAACGCUCAUCAGCCUCAACCAGAGGAUGCCGAACAUCAUUCAGACCCCACUCAUGUGUCUGAGACCAUUCGAGUCGAGGACGAGGAUGAGGAACCGGACGAGCUCGUGGGACCCUUCACACCAGAAGUGAUGAAUUUUGAAUUACCACGAAGAUUCACUUUACCAUUGACCCUCACACCUUACGACGGACUCGGAGACCCAAAAAAGUUCAUCAAGAAGUUCCGAUCAAUAAUGAUCGUCAACGGUGCAUCUGAUACCGUUUUGUGUCGUUGUUUUCCAAAUUAUUUAGACGGUCCUGCACUUGAUUGGCUUUGUGCUUUUCCUGCAGGUUUAAUUUCGCGAUUCCAACAGCUGGCCAAGCUAUUUGAGGACCACUUCGCUGGAUCUACAAUUUAUCUGCAUGACUCAGAUUAUCUGAAUACAAUUAAGCAAGGACAAAAUGAGAGCCUGAAGGACUAUAUGACUCGUUUCACGAAGGUCACCAUAAGCAUACCUGAUCUCCACCCUGAAGUCCACCUUCAUGCCAUCAAAAGCGGAUUCCGACCUGGGAAGUUCCAGGAGACGAUCGCCGUAUCCAAACCAAAAACACUCGCUGAGUUCCAAGAGAAGGCCAAGGGCCAGAUUGAUAUUGAGGAGCUUAGACAAGCUCGGAAGUCCGACAAAACAAACUACAGAGACGAAGAAAAAGUGCUUAACAGUGAGAAAAAUUUUAAACUAACCCCUUCCUUUGAGUCUUACACACAGUUUAACGCCAAGCAGGAGGAUAUAAUCAAAGAGAUCCUGAACUCAAAAUUAAUCAAACUACCAAGAAAGGCGGGCACAUAUUAA